GGGAAAAAAUGCAAAUGGCGGUCGUUGUUAUUGUUCGCUGGUAACAAACGAGCUCGAUUUUCGGUAAAUGGUGCCCUUUUCGUAGCAGUAAACGACCGGAAAAUAUCGUGCGAUGUUAGGUAUAAACUUUUCGAGCGUCUUUGUGUUGUUGGUUGCGGUUAAUUGAGUGCUUAAAGUGGAUUUUUGCGUGCGGAAAAAGUGUGUCACCAUCGACGGCUCCGCUGCGGAGCGAAAAGGCUCAAAUGGAAUGGCGGCCGAUAGUGACGGUGAUCAACAGAAUAACAACCAGUGCAGCAGCACGCUGAAGGCAGUUGUCAUUUGCGAGGGAAACCUCCAUGAUCCCGGUUUUCAAACAAGACUAGACGGUCUGGUCGCGAAAUUAACAACGCUGGUUGAAGAGCCAGCCGAUAACGGGAAGCUUACGGUGGACAAGGUGGAACCAUGGAACAGCGUACGUGUCACUUUGUCCAUUCCCAAGGACGCAGCGGUAAAGCUGCGCAAACUUGCCGCCGAGGGAAACAGUGCCCUUCGAGCGCUUGGUAUACUGUCCGUACAGUUAGAGGGCGACACUGUUUUGUCUCUACGAUUGGUGGGGCAAGAAAUAGUGCUGAGGACGGAUAAUUCUACCACUGCUGGAUCAACUGCUAGCGGUGGUGCCAAUAGUGGCUUAGGAGAGCUCACGCGGAUACUCUCCCAACAACAGCAGCAGCAGCAACAGCAGCAACAACUGCAACAUGGGCAACCGCAGACUUUGCCGCAGGAUACAUUGGCUGGUCCUUCAAAAGUUUCUCCUCCUCACAUUCACCAGAAGCAGACACCAUCUUCUGUUGCCGCAGUUCCUGCGACGUCUGCAUCAUUGGCGAAUGGGCCCCUUGCGAGCGAAAGUACCAUUUUCAAGUCCCCAAACACUAUCUGUCCCAUGGAUGGCAAAUUACCGGUCCACGUACCAAAUGUGGUGGAAAGCUGUGAAUAUCCAUUUGAGAGUAUGACCCAAGCGAGAGUUAUUCAGCGAAGGGAAAACACUCUUGGUGUAGUAUCAACAGCUCCCGGUUCUAGUGGUGUCAGUAAUAAAGUACCCAGCAGCAAUCAUUUUAUUGCACCCAAUCCGCCUGUGCCACCCGCUCCGCCAUCGUACCAAGCGGCUGUUGGUACAAUUCCUACCGUGAAAAGUACAUCUUCGGCAACAGUUGCUGUUGGCUCCAGUGGUGGCAGUACUGCAUCUUCUUCGGGAUCUGUGGGUAAUGUGGCCAUGACCAGCCCGUUGCUGGUGAAUCUGCUGCAGAAUGAGAGUGUUAUUUCGCAAAGUCUGGCGACUGGCGGUUCGAAGUCAACAAUACCGACCAUCAAGCAAGAACUUUUGACAAGCGGCAAUAGUGGGAUGGGUUCUGGUGUGGUUGUUGAGAAAACUACAGGCAUUGUUGGGAUCGCAUCAAAUUCUAGUAAAGUGAAUGUUAUCAAUGACAAUGAACUAAGUGUUAACAGUGGUGGUCUACAGAAAACAUCGUGUAUCGUAACUAAUAGUAAUAAUAACAAUCCAGUGCAUCCAGUGAUCGGUAACUGUGUUGGCGGUGCUACUGUGACAGUCUCGUCGACCACAGCGGCACCUUGCGGUAUCGUUUCUACCCAUAAGACAAUAUUAGUGAAUAACAGUACCGCUAGUGUUGGAGCAGCGGGCACCGAUACAGCGUCCGGACCAGCAGCGAUCAGUGCUAGUGCUAACAGAAACCCUAAUAAUAAUAAUAAUAUAAUGACAAACACUAGUAACAUAAACAAUACAGCUAGUAACAAUCAGAAUGUUUUAAAUGUGCCGCCUUCUCUAGUAACUCCACCAAUGUCAGUGCCUUCUUCAAGUAAAAACGUUAGUGUGCAACAACAACAACAGCAACCAAGAUUUAAUCUCGGCCCCAGUGGGGCUGCCGCAGUGAAGCCUUCUAUUCAGCAACAUGCUAUGCGACCGCAGCAGGUGCUGGCAGUGGGAAUGGCUCAACAACAGCAGCGACCCUCUCAGCAUCCAUCCUCUCAACAAGCGCAUUCUCUGCAAGCGAGCUUAAGUCGGUUUCCGGCCCAAUCACAACAUCUACCCUUCAGACAGCCAUCAGUACCACAAGCGCAGCAGCCGAAUAUUGUCAACUCACGGUGGCCAGUGCCACAGUCGAUGGACUCAGUCACCAAGUCGAGUUAUCAGGAAUUCACCCGCUAUCAAAUGCAAUACAAUCUAAGUCAACAGCAGUUGAGUAUUAAGCAACCUCAACAAUUACAAGCGGCACUGCCCAUGAGCGGUGGUAGUGAUUUGCUUGGGCUUAGUAGUCUAGGUGAUUUACCGGAUUUCACGAAGAACGAUCUCGAUUCGCUUCUGCCUACGUUGAACAGUGCUGAUUUGGAAGGCGCAUUUCUGGACGAACUGGAUCUGGGCCUCGAGCAGUCCCUUACGCCCACCGGUAGUGGCGGAGGACUAGCAAAAUCAUCUGAACGAAAAUGGAAGCAGCAGUUUCUAAUAAAUCCGCUCACCGGGGAGCUAGAGGAAACACACGUUGAAGAGACCGAAGAAAAUGAUGAAGAUGCGUCUAAGAGUUUCCCAGAAUUUCAUUCGGAAAUGUCGAAUUCGCUCUAUUCCGAUGAUGACACCUCUUGUAGUACUGGAUUCUCCAAAUUCACUUCUGACGUCAGCGACACAGAGCGAUCUUCAACGGCUGACGGUGCGGGCUUAAGUGGAUUCGGUAGUGCACCACCCGGUACUGCAAACAGUUUGUUAGGAAAGCUUUCGAAACCGGCUAAAGUGAAAAAGGAUAAACUGAAAGAUGGAAGCAAAAGUUCAACAAAAACAAAAGAGAAGAAACCACGCGAGAAAAAGUCGUCAUCAUCUUUAAAGCAAAUCAAGACAAAGGCUAAAAUUGUGUCUACGGAAAGUGGUGGCGAGUCGCCUGGAAGUCAGGAGAAAAUUAAGCUUCGUUUGAAACUGGAAAAGUCCGAAGCUAUCACUGUUAGCUUGGUACAACCGCAGCUAAUCGGCGGCGGUGCCAGCAAUAGUGGUGGUGGUUUAGGCAUUAGCAGUAUCAAUAGAAAAGUGCAAUCAUCACAAGUGCUAACAGGGACCAGCGGGAUGGGAAAUAUUUCCAAUUCGGCAGGGGUAAACGUAGCUGGUAUGAGUUCUGUGCAGACGUCAUUAUCUUCAUGUUCGCUCUCUUCCUCCACUUCUGUUGUCUCGGUUGGUAGUGUAACGCAACAGCAAACACAAUAUCAGUCAAUGGUAUCCCAACAAGCUCUUGGCAGUAGCUUUACGGGCACUAACCAUAGUGCUGGAAUCAACACCUCCAACAGUAGUCCAUGCCUGCAAACGCCGUCUCCUGCUGGCGAGGAGCUUCGGGUGCCCCCUUUACAUAUUAGUUUGCGGGGGAAAAAUUCCGUGGUUAUCAAAAACUCCCGAAAGGAUCGCAAAAAGAGCCAGAGUGGUGGCGAAGAAGAUAGCGACGGGUGCAACUUUCAGCUCGGUAAAAAGAGCUCGAUCAAACGAAGCAGUCAUUCCACCGAUAGUCGGAUAACUAUGGUUAAAACAAGUGAAUCAAGUAUUCGGUUAAAGAUCGAAGACUCUGGUUCGCCUGCUGGCCCUUCCUCAUUGCCAUCCUCACCAAAUCAUCACAACCAUAACAGUGCCAGCAGCGGAGGUAGUUCAUCAAUGAGUAUGCCAAUCGCCUGUGGUGUUUCAAAAGCGAAUUCGAAUAAAUUAGAAGAUCUGAGUCCGUCAGUGUCCACGGCGGUUGCCCCAGCAUUGACGUCAGGUGAUUUGAUGGGUUUUGAUCAGCAACAUAAACGAUCAGCGUCGGACUCCGUUCACAGCCCUAAUGGGUUAAUGUGUCCGGAAAAGAAACGUCGAUUAAGUACCGGUUUAGGAAGUAAUCUACAAUCUGCGGGGACUGUCGAUGAGUUGGGCAUGAAUGCGAGUAGUAACAGUGCAGCCACCAGUAUCAAUGAAAUAAAUGAAAUAUAUGAAACUCUAAUCUCGUCCACCACGAGUGGUCCUAUUGGGUCGACGAAUGUUGGCACAUUGCCACAAUCCUCCCUGCUAGCAGCGGCAACGUCGUCAGCAAAAAACUUGAAGAGCUCCAGCACGAACAACAGUAUCAACAACAACAACGCGUUUGGCAAAUGCAUUAGUAGCAGCAGCAAAAACAUAGUCAAGCCAACGCAGUCGAGCCCAACGACGUCGUCUGUGUCAUCGCCUGGAGCUCUGGCAUCUGUACCGAAUACUAUGAGCUCGACACAGUCCUCGAAACAGCAUUCUCCUGCAUCCCCUUCAAUCGAUGUUGUGCAAAGUGGAAAGUCUCCUCCCACGGAAAGAAAUCAUUCCGACGGUACCACUGAGGAACAAGACUCUGCCGCCGGUGAUGACAGCACUUGCAAAAAUAGUAGCAAUACAUCAACCACUACCUCAGGAUCGGAAGUCUCCGUCAAUCAGCGAAUAAACAAUACACACCAUCAUCAUCACAAUCGUCCACCGGAACAACCAGGCAAUUCUCCCUCAACCAGUCUAGAUCAGUCUAUAAACCAACAGCAGCCGGCCCCAACGAUAGUCGGUGUCAGUAAUCAUCUGUUGACGCAGGGAGUGCGAGGUUCCCCUGGAUCUCAGGCGCAAGGUGAAGAUAGUGGAAUUGAGUCAAUGGACGCCCUGUCGGAAAAGAGUCCUCAUCAGGCGUCUCACAGUCCGCAAGGCAAUGAGUCAAACAAAAUGCUUCGAAUGGAUAGUCCGAAGGAUAAAAUAGCUGUUGCUGCUGUAGAAUUGAAAGAACCGUUAAAAAACGAUUCUGGUAAUACGAACAACAACAACAGUCAUGCAAGUUUGGACGAGUACAUAGAUAUAGAAGCUGCACUGGCCAAAAUGGAAGGUCUCAAUGAACUACAAGUCACGACCAAACUGAACGGUGAUCAUUCGACCUUAAUGAAACCAAAACAACAAGAAUUGGAUUUAUUGGGUCACAACGCAUUGCUUAAGCUUGACAGUGCAAAUCUUAGCAAAAUUCUUGACGACAUUGACGAUGACGAACUAGUAAUGUCGGAUACUGCUGCUAACUUAAAGGGUAAAAGUAUUGAAGUGUCUUCCAGUGAAAACUCAGCCCCGAAGCAGCAGGAGUCGUUAGUGGUUAAAGGAGAAGAGGCAGAAGACUGGCUUGGGAAGACAGGGAUAAAGCAACAACAUCAGCAGCAACAGCUUAAGGGAGAAGUAAAUGAUAUACUCACUAGUAGUAGUAACAAUAAUCUGACGGACAAGAUCGAGAUUAAGCUGGAUACCAAGCAACUCGUAUUGGAAGAUUGUUGUAGCAAUAAGGAGGUGUUAAGUUUAGAAAGCGAAUGUGAUAGUAAGAUAGAUGAUUGUAAAGCUGUAAUUAAAACUGAUCCCGAGGAGGCUAUCGUUAGUAGUUUAAAGCAACAGCAGAGCUGUAGCAAAGGCGACACGGAUAACAGCAGUACUAGCAGCAACCUGUCGGACACGAAGCCAGAGAAAUCUGCUUGUAUAGAUAAAGGGGGUGGGCCUACCUUAUGUACCACUGAUAGUAAGUAUGGUGCGAACGGCGAAGCAGAUAGUGUUCCCGAGCUCAAGCCACGUCACGAGCAACCACCGCUAUACAGUUAUUCCAGUGAAAAGGCUCGCGAGCGACGCUCAGCUGCUAGUUCUACUUCUUCCAGCUCCUCCACGGCUACCGUUGUGGAAAUAAUCGAUUUGGAUGAUUCGGGCAAAUCCAAUGACUUGGAACCUCCGUUGCAAACCCAACCAAGUCAGCAAAUCGAUUCGCCACUAUCAAUUGAUAUCCCUUUGCAUCCAGAGUCGGCCGAGAAUCGAGUGCGGACACGGGCUUCUAGUAAACUGGAAAGUCCUCUUGAGCCCCCUCGACAGAGUCCAUCCAUCGAGUCACCGGCUGCCGAACGGUUGAAGAAUACUCUUAAACAUGCGUCCACUAUAGCGAAUUUAACGACGACAGCUGUCGGUGGUGGAGGAGAUCGAUUAAGCCCAAAAACGCUUCCGAAAGCAAGCAAACGAAAACGCCAAGGCUCGGAAAGCUCGACCCAGUCAUGUGUCAGUGAUGACAUAACUGUCCCAACUCGAGCAAAAAAACCGCGAAAAGCAGCAGUAGCAGCGGCUGCUGUGACGAGCGCCGAGAAACAAAAGAAAGUCGGUGCUAGUCGUAAUACACAACAUAGGAAAGCAGUAAUUGAAACGCCUACUUCGUUGAAUACACCAGUGAUCCAGACAGCAGCAGCUGCAGCGAUGGAAGAUUCAUCCGAUAGCGAUGAACCUUUGAUAGAGAUAGCGGGUAAAUUUCGAAACUCUAAACUUACUAAACCAAGUACUUCUUCUACUACCAAUCCUUCUACCACUUCUACAACUACUACUUCGACUACAACGUCAUCAUCAACCUACUCCUCAUCCUCCUCUACAACAGGUACUGGAUCGUCGGCGUCAUCUGGACCAGCUACUAGUGAGAAAGAGAAAUCCCUUCGCAAUCAUAAAAUACCGUCCUCAGCUUCCAAAACAGCCAGUAGUAGCGGCGCACAGAAUUCGUCAUCAUCGGCAGCAUCAUCGAAUAGCAUCAGCUUGGGUAGUGGAGUUUCCAACGCCCACUCUCACAAAUCCAACGCUCAUUCCAGGUCUGCUAACAGUGUGCCCGCAACGCCCCAUACCACCAGUUCUACUGCAUUGACCGACGAAAAAAUCAGCACUCGUCGAAGUGUUCGUAUGACAACGUCGACUCUUUCGACGGCUGCCAUGAACAGCAAGGCAAAAGCAAAUGCAUCCGGCUCCCCAACCGUGACUCCAAACUCUAUUUCCACUGGCGGAGCCAGUAGCACAGAAAACCAUCGCGAAUCUACACAUCAUCACAGUGCUUCACAUCUCAAAAUUAAUCAUGUGAAUCAUCUACAUUCGUCGACAACCGGUAUCGGAAAAACUUCUACGUCUGCAGCAACAGCAGAGGUGAAAGUUAGUGCUGGCACCCAUGCGGCAUCGGUAGCGUUAGCCGAUACUGCUACGACCAACAUGGAAGUACGACGGAAAACGAGAAGUGCAGGACUUGAAUCUACCACCGAGGGCCGACGAAGAAGGGUGUCCCGCGAUAGUAAGUGACCAAUCGCUUGCGCCUCAGUCGAGAGUAGCUGCAGUAACACCAUCACCGAUACCGCUGGAAGCCUUGGUCUUCGUCGCAGCAUCCGUCAGCUAUACGAUUCGCACCAACGACAAAAACACCGUUUCCUCUAUUCGCACUUCUUUGAGCAUUCGGACGAUGAAAACUACGAUGACAAGGAAGAGCAAAAUGACGGCGAUUAUGAAGCUGAGCUCAAUGACCACAAGAAAAAUGUCGUAGAUUUUAUGGCUGAAGUGGAUCGCACAAUAGCGGAUAAUAAUAAGGACAGCGACAGUGACGAUCCACUAAUUAAUGAGGAGGUUGAUCCUCUCUCAACAAACGGAUCCGAUCCGGUUCCGCUCGGUACGGCAUCCGGUGUAAGCAGCAAUAACGACAGAGCGGCAGUUGAGGCGCAGUACAAUGGUAGGCCUACUCGAUCAAAACAUACGACCGCUAGUGAUACCGGUGUGAGUAGCGGGGCCGCUGGGACACAUGAUGAUGACGAUUCCUAUGCCAGUGAAAUCAUCCUCACGACCAACAGUGAUUGCAGUCUGGACGAGUUUGUAUCGUCAGAUGACGACAGCAAUGUGGAAAUAUCUGUGGUAACUAUAUCUCUGUACUGAUGAUCAGGAUAAAUUUCUUCUUUGUGUGUCUCUUAACGAGUUGCAACUGCGUUGAGAAAUAGUUUAUUUGCUAUUUUUAUGGGACAAGUAAACUGAACGUCUGUAAAGUGUCUUAUUGUGCAACAAAUUGGUUUAAUUGUAAGAUCCGGAAUACAAUAUUCUAAUCGAACCAAACAAGACCACACGCUAUAGUGAUGCGAAUUAUACAAAUUAAAUUGUGGAAUAUUUUAUGGAAAAUAACAUUCAAUCCUGUAUUUGAUAAUAUAUUUUAUAUUGAGUAA